CUCCGCUUAUGGUAGCUGGGUUGAAUAAUGAGUGGGUUAACCUUUCCGAUUCGGGAGACGAAUCCGAUAGAGAAAAGGUCGUUAUGAAGAAGUGUUCUAAAGUAUACAAAACUCCCUCUAAUAAGAAAUCUGACGAGGAUUAUGCUCAAAAAUAUAGCAAGUCUUUGGCAUGCGGCAAGAAUGUCUCAGAUGGUUUCAUCGAUAACAUUUUCACGUUGUUUGAUAAGGUCAAAUUAGAGAGCAAGAAACAUCAGGGUAAAGGACCAAAAGGAAGCUUGCCAUGCAAGAACGGGAUGAAAACACUAUCUUUUGAUCCACAAGAAACUUACAAGACUAUAAAUAGCACCUUAAAAUGCAGAGAAAUGCACUUGAAGAGACAAUUUAGUCAAAUGUGUGUUCAGUCGAAAAACGAAGACAUAAAUAGACCAAAAAUAAGUUCUGAAAGUAAAAACAAAAACUCAAACAUUACUUUAAAGGUACAAGGUUUCGAAAGACCGAGAUACAGGAAAUAAGACACAUGUAUGAAUGUUUUUGAAUUAUUGUGGAAAAGACAUGGGUGGAAUAUUAACAAAACGAAAAAGACACCAAUAGAAAUGGGAGGAAAACUUUUACAAUAUCCGAUCCACCAAAAUAAUAGUGG